AUGGACGCCCAAGGACUAGGCACUGAAACCGCCAAUGGCUCCAAGAAGUACAAGACGGUGUCGUCGCAACCUGAGAACCCGUUCGCCAACCUCAUCCCCGAUCAAAUCUUCGCUGUCAUACCGCAAGUCACGCUCGAAUCCGGCGUCGUGUUACAGAAUGUCAGCGUUGCAUACAAGACAUACGGUACCCUCGCACCCAGCGGAGACAAUGCGAUGGUCAUAUGUCACGCACUCACGGGAAGUGCUGAUGUUGGUGAUUGGUGGGGUCCGUUAUUAGGGGGGCCUGGGAAGGCUUUCGACAUAUCGCGUUUCUUCGUGGUAUGUAUGAACAGUCUUGGCAGUCCAUACGGCAGUGCAAGCCCCGUCACGGCAAAGGAUGGCGACGUGUCGCAAGGCCCGUACGGUCCCGAGUUCCCGCUGACAACUGUGAGAGACGAUGUCAAUGUCUUCAAGCUCAUCUUGGAUGAUCUCGGUGUGAAGCAGAUCGCUGCAGUCAUUGGAGGAUCCAUGGGCGGUAUGCUUGUCCUCGAGUUUGCAUACUUCGGAAAAGACUACGUCAGAACCAUCAUCCCGAUAGCCACAUCGGCUCGCUACAGCGCAUGGGGCAUAAGCUGGGGUGAAGCGCAACGGCAGAGCAUCUACAGCGAUCCGAAAUACGACGACGGCUACUACCCAUACGAAGAUCCUCCAUCAACCGGGCUUGGCGCAGCGCGUAUGUCUGCUCUAUUGACCUACCGGAGCCGCGACUCGUUCGAAUCGCGAUUUGGGCGCAAUACACCUGAUCUGUCCAAGAAGCAGAGCAUCAACACCGUACCGCGACCGACAACCCCAUCAAACCCCUCCCACGAACAUUGGGCGAUACACAACCACGGUCACAAGAAUGCUGGCUCACCACGUCUCAUGUCGCGGACAAACAGUAGUACAGCUAUACCUGGUUCUGCAGCGGCACAUGCUGAUCUCGAAUUUCAUGAUGCCUCUGACCCUGCCACGCCAAACCUCCAAAGGUCGGAUUCGACAAGUAGCAACAGCCAAUUCCCUCGCUCUUCGAAGCCUCUAGCGCCUCACUACUUUUCGGCACAGUCGUACCUCCGUUACCAGGCUGACAAGUUCAUCAAGCGCUUCGAUGCCAAUUGCUAUAUUGCCAUCACAAGAAAGCUCGAUACACAUGAUGUAUCUCGCUACCGUUACCCCGAAGGCGAGACACCCGAGACGCUAGACCCAGUAUCGGCCCUUCAUCAUGCACUCUCUUUGAUCGAACAGCCCACGCUUGUACUGGGCAUACAGUCGGAUGGUCUCUUUACAUUCGCCGAACAGAAAGAGCUGGCCGCUUAUAUCCCCAAAGCCACGCUCAAGACCAUCGACUCACCAGAUGGCCAUGACGCUUUUCUUCUAGAAUUUGAGCAGGUGAACAAACAUUUACUGGGCUUCCUGAAUACCGAGCUCCCAGAAAUUAUGAACAGAACGCCAAAUGUAGAAACGGUCAAGAGCGAUCCUGGUAUGACCGCUACUAAGACUAGUACGUUCGGUGAGGCUGAAGUCGACGAUAUAACUGCAUGGUAA